GGUGAAUUUUCGUUCGAGGUUCAUGAUUUGAGACGUUUAUUUUGAGUUAUUGCGUGUCAGAAUUCUACGAGACGAUGGCUGACAGCGAACAGAAAGCAAUGCAAUUGCUGGCCGAGGCCGAAAAGAAGUUAAGUUCAAAGGGUUUCUUCGGCUCACUAUUCGGAGGAUCCUCAAGAGUCGAAGAAGCUGUAGAAUGUUAUCAACGCGCCGCAAAUAUGUUCAAAAUGGCAAAGAAGUGGAGUUCAGCUGGCAGUGCUUUCUUCGAAGCAGCAGAAUUGCACGUGAAAGCGGGCAGCCGCCAUGAUGCAGCUGUUAAUUAUGUGGAUGCUGCUAAUUGCUUUAAGAAAUCUAAUAUAAAUGAGGCUGUUAGCUGUUUGCUAAAAGCAAUUGAGAUCUAUACUGAUAUGGGUAGAUUUACAAUGGCAGCUAAGCAUCAUCAAAGUAUAGCUGAAAUGUAUGAAACUGACGCUGUAGAUCUUGAGAGAGCUGUUCAUCACUAUGAACAAGCUGCUGAUUACUUUCGUGGAGAGGAAAGCAAUUCCUCUGCCAAUAAGUGUCUUCUGAAAGUUGCACAGUAUGCUGCUCAACUGGAAAAUUAUGAUAAGGCUAUUCAAAUUUAUGAACAGGUCGCUUCUGCAUCCUUAGAAAGUUCACUCUUGAAAUACAGCGCGAAAGAGUAUUUCUUCCGAGCGGCGCUGUGUCACUUAUGCGUUGAUAUACUAAAUGCACAGCACGCAAUCGAGCGUUAUCAAGAACAAUACCCUGCGUUUCAAGACUCAAGGGAGUACAAAUUGAUAAAGACAUUAAUAGAACACCUCGAGGAACAACACCUCGAAGGUUUUACAGAAGCGGUAAAGGAAUAUGAUUCAAUUUCACGGUUAGAUCAGUGGUAUACAACAGUAUUAUUACGUAUCAAAAAACAAGUUAACGAUAAUCCGGAUCUACGCUGAUCGGUUGUUCCCUCUUCGUGUUAUUUCCUGUCGAUGAUAUUACUAAUCCAACUCUAUAUGUAUUCUUUUUUAAGUCAUACCCUGCUUUCAGUGGAUCUUAUAAAGUAGUUAUGUUUUUGUA